CUGAAUGUGAAGCUAGUGUCUUCCUUUUCUUUACGUAAAUUUCCAACAAAGCAAUAAUCGGGUUUCCAUACAUUGCUAGUGGUAGCCGCUUCUUUAAGCCAUCUCUCACUCUGCCUUCCAUAUCCUCCUUCAAUUCUCUCUCACUCUUCACCUUCCAUGGCUUUACCUACGAAAAAGGCCUCGUUUUUCCCUUUUCUUCUUCUUCUUCUUCUCGUUACGAUAUCAAUAAUCUUGGUUACCCCAUCAAACUCAGCCACUGACACCUUCGUUUUCGGUGGGUGUUCCCAGCUCAAGUUCAUUUCAGGCUCCCCUUAUGAAUAUAACGUCAACUCCAUCCUCACUUCCCUAGUCAACUCAGCCAUGUUCACCUCUUACAACAACUUCACCAUCUCAGCCUCUCAGGACACCGUCUACGGCCUCUUCCAGUGCCGCGGCGACCUCGAAAACGGUGACUGUGGCCGCUGUGUUGCUAAAGCGGUGAGUCAACUCGGCACUCUUUGCCUUGACUCCACGGGUGGCGGGUUGCAACUCGAAGGGUGUUUCGUUAAAUACGAUAACGCAACGUUCUUGGGCGUGGAGGACAAGAGUGUGGUGGUGAAAAGAUGUGGGCCGUUGAUCUCGACUGACUCCGACGCGUUGGCUCGGCGUGAUACGGUGUUGGAUUUCUUGGGAGCGAGUGACGGGACAUACAAGCCGUUUCGGGUUGCCGAGUCAGGGGAUUUACGAGGUGUGGCACAGUGUGUAGGGGAUUUGAGUCCGACCGAGUGCCAAGAUUGCUUAUCAGAGGCAAUCGGACGGCUCAAAACAGACUGUGGGGCAUCCAAGUGGGGUGACAUGUAUUUGGCUAAGUGCUACGCCCGCUACUCCCAAGGCGGAGACCACUCCCACGGCGGAGACGAUACAGAUAACGAUGAUGAUGAGAUUGCAAAGACAUUAGCAAUUCUAAUUGGACUCAUUGCUGGAAUUGCCUUGAUCAUAGUAUUUGUAUCAGCCUUGUCUAAAGCGUGUGAAAAAGAUAGCAAAGGUGGUUAAAUAAACAUGUUUUUGCUUACAUCCUCUCAAGAUUAAAAAAGGUGUUGAUAGAAAAGAUGUUUAUGCAAACAAAUGUAUGUAAAGAAGAUGAACAUUAAAGCCCAAAACUUCAAUCAUAUCUUAAGCUUGUUUCUGAGUCUAUAAUUAGUGAACACUUCUGUAUUACAAUUUAUAUAUAUAUAUAUAUAUAGUUGUUCAAUUUUGGUCAAAA